UUUGUGAAAUUCGGAGCUAGCCAGAUUCCUCAAGACCGCGUAACUGCGUCCAUAAGGAGCAUUUAUUAAGUACCUGUUAAAUAUAAUAAAUGUUAAAAAAAAAAAAUGCUAAAAUGGAAAUAAAUACAUGAAAUACCCGGGAGGUCUGCGAAUGGUUAAGCACGAAGAAUUCAAUCUGAACCAUCAUGCUAUUUAACAAACGAAUCGGAUUUAAAACGAAUCUGGCAGAAUCCAGCACUUAUCCCUCCUCCUUCGCGGACCCGGGCAAGCCGAAGGACUCCGAGGAAAAGGACCUCUGCGACGUGACAGGACACUGCGGUCCUUGGCAGCUGAGGACAUUUGUUAUCUUCCUCUUCAUCUCUUUCUCCUGCAGUUGGCACAACCUCAUCAUGGCGUUCCAGUCUCCGAACGUGCCUCACUACUGCAAGCAGACCCAUCACAACAUCAGUCACUCCAUACUGCUGUCUGACAAAAGGUUCGAGUGCUACGACGGUCCUCACCCGUGCCAAGAGUGGAUAUACGACGAUUCCAUUUACACGAACACCAUUGUCAAUGAGUGGGAUCUCGUUUGUGACAAAAAAUGGCUGACGUCCUUCGCAAAAUCUGUGUACAUGUUUGGGCAUCUAGUAGCUUCUCUCAUCUUUGGACAAGUUUCCGAUCGCAUCGGCCGCCGGCCGGUCAUCCUUUUCUGCUACGGGCUGUUUUGGUGCUGUGCGGUGGCAACAGUAUUUACCAACUCCAUCGGCAUGUUCCUGUUCUUCCGCUUCCUCGUGGCACUUGGACUCACAGCUGCCUACACGUCUGCGUUUGUCACAGUGAUGGAAGUGAUGGGAUCGGAGGUGCGGCCAGUAUAUGGUGUCGCUUGCAAAUUUGGCUGGACAUGCGGGUACGUGACAUUACCCGCUAUCGCUUGGUUCAUCAGAGACUGGAGACCUUUGCAAGUCGCCAUCACACUUCCCUGGGCAGCGAUGAUCCUGAUGCUGUGGCUUUUAGAAGAAUCUCCGCGAUGGUUGCUGAUCACUGGACAAGCCGAGAAGGCGGAAACUCUGCUGCUCAGCGCCUGCAUCCGCAACGGGAAGUCCCCGGAUGAUGUACAAGUACCCCUGCUCAAACUUUGCUCCAGAGCUCUGAAGGAAAGAAGUUCUUUAAACAAGAAAGAAAGUAUAAUGGAUUUAUUAAAAUACCCAAAUUUAAGAAGAUCUACAUUUCAUCAGUUCUUCAUCUGGUUCAGUACUUCGUUGGUGUACUACGCAUUGACGUGGAGUACGAAUGAGCUGGAGGGAGACCCAUACUGGAAUUUCUUCCUUGCUGGUCUGGUAGAAUUUCCGGCAACUUUGUCGUCUAUGUACAUAGCGAAAUUCUAUGGAAGACGGAAACCUCUGUCCAAUGCUUCUUUCGUGGCUGGCGCCAUCUUGGCAGUUUAUUCGGGAAUGGUCGCUCGACAAGAUAGCAAAGGGAAGUUGGCGCUCUUCAUGAUGGCCAAAUUCUGCACCGUCAUCUCAUUCACACUCCUUUACGUCUACAGCUCCGAGCUUUUCCCGACGGCCGUCAGGGGCGUUGGUGUCGGAUACUGCUCCACAGCAGCGAGGGUGGGCGCCAUUUUGGCUCCUUUUGUUGCACACAUGGGUGGACAUUCCCAACCACAUCUUUGCUACUGGGCCUAUGGGCUGCUCUGCGCGACUUGCGGUUUGUGCAUUCUGCUACUUCCAGAGACUAGCAACAGAAAGUUACCCGAUACGCUAUUGGAUGGAGAGCAAUUUCACAGAAACGAUGUCAUCAUCAGUUGCAAAACCUUGAGUAAUCCAUAGGAAGUAUGUGUUUUUGAAGACUUGGAAGAGUGAUUGACGCUCAGUCAGGAAGUCGUCUUGUAACUGUUUCAAUAUUAAAAUAUUUUACAUUAUUUAUUUCUUUAAAUCUUUUUGAAAAAAAAAAAA